UAUCACCCGCUCCCACCACACCAUCAGCUAACACAGUGCACAUCACAUUUUUCGGAUUAUUUGUCUGGCUACCGGUGUUGGCGAUUUUAGGUUUGGGGUUAGAACGCCGCUGUCAACAGGAUGACCACGCGCAUUCGACCGAGCAGCAAAAGGUGUGCCGUGAUCGGAGGGUCGGGUUUCCUCGGGAGACACCUGGUGGAGAAGCUUCUGGAGAGGGGAUACACGGUGACCGUCUUUGACAUCCGGCAGAGUUAUGAGCUCCCUGGAGUUGCAUUUCACGAGGGGGACCUUUGCAACAAAGAGGCUUUACUGGCAGCCCUGCGGGAUGUAUCGCUGGUGUUCCACUGCGCUUCUCCUGCCCCUGGGAGUGACAACCGUGCCCUCUUCCAGAGGGUCAAUGUGGAGGGCACCAAAACUGUGAUCCAGGCCUGUCAAGAGGCGGGCGUGCAGAAACUGGUUUUGACGAGCAGUGCUAGUGUUGUUUUUGAGGGUACGGACAUAAAAAAUGGAAAGGAGGAUCUUCCCUAUGCAAAAAAGCCAAUCGACUACUACACAGAGACCAAGAUUGAACAGGAGAAGCUGGUUCUUCAGGCGUGCGAUGCUGAUAAAGGGCUCCUGACUGUUGCCAUCCGUCCGCACGGCAUCUUUGGACCUCGUGACCCCCAGCUCGUGCCCAUCUUGGUGGACACAGCUCGCCGUGGGAAGAUGAAGUUUAUUAUUGGCGAUGGCUCCAACCUGGUGGAUUUCACCUAUGUUGAAAAUGUUGUGCAUGGCCACAUACUGGCAGCGGAGCACCUGAGACCAGGAUCACCUAUCUGUGCUAAGGCCUAUCACAUCACCAAUGACGAGCCUGUGCGCUUCUGGGACUUCAUGUCGGAGGUGUUGGUGGGUCUGGGCUACGCCGCGCCUCGCUACCACCUCCCCUACCUCCUGGUGUAUGGCAUCGCCCUGCUGCUCAGCCUGCUCACCUUCCUCUUGAGCCCCCUGGUCUGCAUCAAACCCACCUUCACCCCCAUGCGCGUGGCCCUGGCUGGCACCCACCACUACUACAACUGUUCCCGGGCCAAGCAGGACAUGGGCUAUCAGCCGCUGGUCAGCCUGAAGGACGCCAUUGCCAGGACGGUAGAGAGCUAUCCCCACCUGCGGAAGGGCACGUAACAAAACAACAACAAAUGCCUCUUGGAUGGCCAGUUCACAACCCGCAUCAUGUGCCUAGACGUGUGUCCAUUUGUAACAAAGACUGUUCUUCAGUCAGUGUGUCAGUUGGCAUCCUGAACAUAGAAAUUUGCUGGACUUCAGAUGUUUUAUUGUCAUUGUUUGUCAUUGUGUGUGUGAUGUAGUGCGUUCAGCCGUGCACUACCCCACACGUAAUACCUGAGAAUGUUGGCAGACAACUGUAAUGCCUCAUCGUUGCCAUGGCAACACACCCGGCUCAGCGUGGGGCGCAGUCGAUUCCUUUAUCUGCGCUGGGUGUGUGAUGUACUGGAAUGGGCUCACAGCAGGAAUGUAGUUGUUUAUAGAAGCUCCAGGCAGAUGGAGUGUGUCUGUCUGAUACACACACAUGGAGUAAUGGGAUAUACCUGAAUUAUGCUUACCUCUCUGGAUUCACAUUCACAUAAAGUUGGUAAUGAUUUCUUCUGUUUACAUUAAAAAGUCUUAUUUUGUG